UCUAUUUAUCUAUCUAACUGUUGGAUUCUUGGAGGGUACAGGUUGAGCCUUGAUUGAUAGUUUUGGGGCAGCAAGGCUCGUGUGGAGCUUCCUGUUGCUGCUUUGAGGAAGAUUUGGAAGGCUUGUAGGGAAUGGCGUCGAUGAGCUUGCCUCCUGGUUUCCGUUUCCAUCCCACGGACGAGGAGCUCGUCGCCUACUACCUCAAAAGAAAGAUCAACGGACGCGAGAUUGAGUUGGAGAUCAUUCCUGAGGUCGACCUGUACAAGUGCGAGCCGUGGGAUCUACCAGAGAAGUCGUUUCUGCCGAGCAAAGACCUGGAGUGGUACUUCUUCAGCCCGCGAGAUCGCAAGUACCCCAAUGGUUCGAGGACGAACCGGGCAACUCGGGCUGGCUACUGGAAGGCCACCGGGAAGGACCGAAGGGUGAGCUCGCAACGGCGGGCGGUGGGGAUGAAGAAAACCCUGGUUUACUACCGAGGACGAGCACCGCAUGGCUCUCGAACCGAUUGGGUCAUGCACGAAUACCGCCUCGACGAGAAUGAAUGCGAGAACGCCUCCGCAGGUCUGCAGGACGCGUACGCUCUGUGCCGCGUGUUUAAGAAGACUGCACCAGGCAUUAAGCAUUCCGGUCUGCCAGCCGAUCGAUCACCAACUGUGGAUGUCUCCUCCGAGGGGAGAAUCGACGACCUCGAGAGCUGCGGCGUUCCUUUUCCGAACGACGUGUGCUCGUCGGAGAUGGUGCAUGGCCAAGGGGCAUUUCUUGGUGCAAGCACUCCGGUGGAUGGCAGGUGGAUGCAGUAUCUAACCGAAGAAGAAGAAGCAUACAGUCCAGGAAGUUUCUCCUACAUGCCAUCAAAGGUAGAUGUGGCAUUGCAGUGUGCGAGGCUUCAACACAGACUCUCCUUGCCUCCACUGGAGGUGGAGGACUUCUCUCAGAUCAACCUCACCGAGUCGAAGAUCCUGCAUUCUGGCGACUAUGGGGAUACCGGGAACCAAGUGGACAUCAUCCAGGAGAUCUUGUCGGUCGCCUCGGCCUCCCAAGAACUGAUCAACAACUCCGGCUGCCAUGACAUGUGGGUCGGAGCUAAUCCUCAUGGUGAAGAAGAAUUUGCUUCUUUCUUCGAACUCGAUAAAGGAAGCGACGGCAUUCAAUUCCCCCAAACAUCAUUUAUGAGUUCCUUAAGAUCCAUAGCUAAGUCGAGCAAUGUUGGGGAGCUGCCUACAAAGCUUUUCGAGAUAAGCGAUCUCGAAGAAGAGUUCAAGGAGGAGGAGGAGAGAGUGGAGAAUCUGAGAGAUAGCUUUGGAAGCUGAGAGAGUGCAGCACUGGAAAGCAUUCCAACCCAUCAAUUUGGAGAGGCUGUAGACUAUGAAGAUUGCCCGGAGAAGCUGAUGGGUGCUGAUGUUGCUGCUGGUGACGAGAUCGAAGAAAGUUGAGUUCCAACAUGGACUACGUGUGUCGCUGCAUUGUGGCAUGAUCGGAACAUUCUUCCACCAUAUUGAAC